AUGGCCGUACGUUGUGUGCUUUGUGUUCUGACCAUCGCACUGUGUUGUGUCUGCAGUGUUGUGGUAGCGGCAGAAGAAGCUAGAGGGCCACUUGAUGGUGAGGUUCUAAACCCAGAUCCUCAGCCUGGUGCUAAGAACCGUGAGGAGAGGAGAGAAGUCGUGGAAGCAACUGUGGGGGAAACUCAGUGUGGGUCAGGAGAAGAAGCAAAGAAACCGUGCGAAGGACCAUCCAAGGAGGUGCCUCCUCUUGCAAAAGGUCAAACGGCACAAAAUGAACUUGGGAAAGGUACAGAUCUGCCAACCACCACAAACCGAGUAGGAAGUGCUCAUGGUGACCCUGUUGUUUCCACGGCAGAACAGAUCAGAGAACAACCUGGACAAAGGAAAGAAAAUGAACGAGAAGGAAGUCACCAAGGUGACGAAGAGAAUCAAAAACAACCUGUCAUUGAACAAGAAACAGUUACCAAUGAUAGAACACACGAACCCAGUGGCGCGGUUAAAGAAACAACAGCCGAAGAAACAAAGAAUGAAAACGCAGAGAAUGAUAAAGCUGGUGCAAGCGAUGCUCAGAGCAGCAAUACACAUCCUCAAGAUGUUCCAAACACACAGCCUUCCUCCUCUUCUGUAACCCAAACCACCAAUUCGAACACAGAGAAUGCCAGUGAAAACGGUACUGGAGCGAAUGGAAAUAUUGCCACAAAUGCCCAGAGUGAGUCCACAAGCAACGAAGAAGGAAGUGCCGGAAAUGAAGAUGCCACCACCACCACCACCACCACCACUACCACCACCACCACCACAACAACAACAACAACACUUCCACCUGAACUCACAAACAACAAGAAGGGUGAUGCAGACAGCAGCAGCAGUAUCAGCAGUUCUGUGUGGGUGCGUGUACCACUAUUGACGGUGAAUACAUUGGCCUGUAUUCUUGUGUGCUGA